UGUGUGUGUGUAAUCCCAAACCCGAGUGGCCCGUGCAGAAGGCCGGGGGUAGGGCCGAGCAAAUGGAGCACGGCAAAUGAAGCACGAAAAAAUAGCAAAGAAUCACACAAACACAGCCCCGUUUUCAGGAAUGUAAUUCCGCCUGUCUUUCCUCGUCCCUCCUUCCCGUGAUGUCUGCUCGCCGGAAUGACGGUUCAGAUCAGGAGAUAAAGUUAUGGGAGACCAUGUGAAACAGCAAAGAAGAUCUGCAGUGUGCACUCGGUUCUUCUUGAUGCAAGGAAAAGUGUGCUUUUGACAUCGUGCCAGUCUAUGCUACUGGGACAUCUGAGUCAACGCCUGACUCUGACAGAUGUACACAUGGGUCGCACGCUUCAUAAGUGACAAGGAUAAAAGGCUUGACCAGAACCAGCGCACAACCGGCCAGAGCUUCGAAACAGACAUCGGUGGCAGCCAUGUCCCUCUCUACGGUGCUAGCAAAGGCGUUAUAUGAUAAUGCAGCAGAGAGUCCGGAGGAGCUGGCUUUCCGGAAAGGCGACAUCUUGAUGGUGUUGGAGCAGGAACAAGAUGGUGGUCCGGGUUGGUGGCUCUGCUCUCUCCACGGACGCCAAGGCAUCGCUCCUGCUAACCGCUUACGGCUCCUCCAGACAGCACCGGAUGCCCGCCGUACUCCCAGUGUGGACUCUGUAUAUCUCUCUCCUGUUCAACAGGGCCACCUUAACGGACUCCGCCUGGAAGAUGGCGACGGAGUGUAUCUCUCUCCUCCGAGCCUGGCUGAAGGGGUGUACCAGAGUCCCGGAGGGGCUUCAGGACCUGGUAGUCGUCCACGCUCUCAUUCAAGUUCUGGUGCCAGGCCACGGCCCGAAUGGGCAGAUAUUGGAGUUGAAGGACGUCCACGCUCACCUUCUCUCAGAGGACGAACAGGAGAAGUGGGUUCAGUGUAUCAGAGCCCUGCCACCAUGGUACCACUAGGGGCACAGUACAGACCUCAGGCUGCAUCUGAGUCAGUGUACCUGUCACCCAGUGCUGUGCCUAGAUCUACAGCCGAAUCAGGAGGUGAGGCUGCUUAUCUCAGCCCGAGAGAGUCAAGUAUCGCAGGUCAUUCAGACCCCUGCUAUUUGGUUCCUCGGCCAACUGUUGGAGCUGUAUCUGGUGAGGAUUUUUAUAAGACUCCUGGGAACACUGCUCCAGUGCCAGUGCUUCAAGACGGAGUAGCCAGCCAAGCUAAAGCAGGUCAGGAACCUCCAGGAAUGUACCAAACUCCAAGUGCGCCAGGGACAGCCAUGACAAGGACUCCACAAGCUGAGCGCAAGCUAUCUGCUGGAUCUGCCGUGGUAUCGGCUGCCUCAGGACAAAUUGUAAACACACCUCCAACAAGCAGGUCAUCUGCCAGACCGCAGGGUCAGUGUGCCACUCCCCCGGUGACUCGUGGAAAAACAUCACAGACUACCGUGAAGGGAUCCCCUCUUCUUGUACGAACUGGGAAAUCCGGGCUGCCAGGGUCUCCUAACUUUGGUCGAAAGCCUCCUCCACCAGCACCGCCAGUUAGGAGUGUGACCCGGAAGGAUUUAUCUCAGGGUCAGUCACCCUCACCCGCUACAAAACCCACUAUGCAGGCAAGUCCUCCUACGGAGGCUGCUAAAGCAGAAAAACAAAGACAGAUGAAUAAAGAUGGAGGGAAGAAAACAGACAUGCAGAUGACGAAGAAAGAGUGCAUAGUUUCUGAGGAUGGAAAACAUGAUGAUCAGGUGUAUGACACGCCUCCUACAAACAGAUGGCAGCAGCCAGUUUCUGCAGUAUCUGCUGAGGAGAGCGAGAGCAUCUAUAACACCCCCCGUGCCGUCCCCUUAAACAGUGAACAAGGAUCAGAGAUUUACGACGUCCCCACCCAUGCCCUGAAUCAACCCUCAGACCUCCAGCAGCAGACAUACAGUGUCCCAGCAUCACUUCCAAUGAGUGAAGACAUAGAAGAAGAUGUGUACAGUGUUCCAAGUCUUCCGGGUCUACCUUUAGACUCGGGAGAAAUCCCUAGUUCAAUGGGUGAAGCAAGAGGAAGCAUUGAGGUUUACUCAAUUCCUAGUCCUGGAAAGUCAGAACUGAUAUCUGAUGAUGUCUCUGAAGUUGAUGGCGGUAUUUAUGACAUGCCCGCUCUCACAAUGGACAUUCCUGCGUGCCGGCUCUCCGCAUCCAGCACCGGGUCAGGUGACAUCCAGUGGAAAAGUUCUCUCUCUGCUCUUGUCCAGUCAGCUCUAAGCUCCGCCUCAGUCACCUCAACACCUUCCCGGGACCUGGCCGCAUCGCUGGCUGAGAUCUUGUCAGUGUGGAAAGCAGGUCACUCUGGUGAAGUCCCGCCUUCUCUUCAGCAGGCAUGGUCUCGUCUUGCAGACCUCCUUCCUGCCCUCUCGGUGUGCGGUCCCUCUCCUCCGGCUGACAGUCUCCUCACAAUGGUCCACCGUGCUCUUGAAGACUCCUCUACCCUUUUACAAAGUCAAACAAGACCCCGUCUGCCCUCUCAGGAGUCUCUCUCACGGAGACCACUUCCUGCUUUGCCGGUUGCUGAGGUGAAACCCAUGGCAGGAGGAAUGGGAUCUCGCAAGGGCAGCUGGAUCCAGGAGCGCCCGCUUCCCCCUCCUCCUGUUUCUGCGUUUCCGUUGCCUCCAACACCUGCAUCUCUUCCGCUUGCUGGACAGAUGAGUGAGGAUGAGCAAGGAAACGAGUAUGCAGGGAUCGGGUUAACGCCUGCACCUCCGUUGUACCCUGCAGGAGACAGUGUAGGAUACGUGAAGCUGCAGGGAAAGCCUGAGCCGCCUCCUGACUCACAGGUAGAAACUGGCACUUCGCAGGUCAUCUCUACAAAUGAUACCAGAUUGAGUCCCUCUCCUCCUCUUCCCGUCUCUCUGUCUCUCGAGGACUCCGAGCUUCUCUCCUUCUACUCAUCCCAAAGCCUGUCUCAUCUCUCCUGCUUGGCUGAUGCCAUCGACUCCCUGUUCAGCAGCGUACAGGGGAACCAGCCGCCGAGGAUCUUCGUUUCCAGGGGCAAGAGUCUCAUUGUGACGGCGCAUAAGCUUGUUUUCAUCGGAGACACGCUCGCUCGUCUCCUCAGCUCCACUGACCUCAGGGCAAAGGUCACCACCUCCAGUGGACGUCUCUGUCAAGCCCUGAAGUCUGUUGUCGUUGCCACCAAAGAUGCAGCUCAGAAUUACCCAUCAGUCCAGGCUACACAGGAAAUGGUGGACAGAGUGGCUGAGCUAUCCCAGCAUGCAGCUGGGUUUUCUGGGCUCCUUCAGCGACUAGCAGAAAUAUCUUGAUGUCUUCGGUCUUUUUUUUUUUCAUGACAAUGCCUUUUUUUCAUGACAAUGCCUUAUUUGUAGUACAUUAUUAUUAUUAUUACUUUGUUUGUUUUUUAUAUGCAGAAGGGUAUCAUGAUUGUGUCUGAUUCAUCACACCGGUACUCCGUGAUUUGAUGGUGAAGUGUUGAACUGUGCCUCAAGAUGGUUUAUGUGCGAUUGUGUGUAUGUCAGUGGGAAUGUACCGGUUUGUGAUCUGUUUAUCUUUUUUUUUUUGUGCCUAGCACACGUGUGUGUCUUAAUAACUUAUUGAUGGGUGUUUGUUUUGGUGUGAGGAUGUGUGUUGCACGUUUUGUAGUGGUUUCAUUUUUGUAUUGCUUUAGUUUACUGCAACGGUCAUUGUAUGUUGGGCUCAGUUCUUUUCUUGUUUUACAUGCACAAAACAAAAGGCUACUGGGGAUUUCGUUUUUCCUUUUUGUACGUAGCCUCAGAUUCACCCGUUUUCGGUUUAUGCCUUAAAUCUCAUGUCACGUCACGUAAGCGAUUCAGAUUGAGUACUGGCUAGAACACAUGCUUAUGCAGAGAGACAAAAAGGAAAUCAUGAUUUGUGUCAAAGGUAGAUGGGUGACUCACUUAAAGCAGGGAUUGUGUUUAUAUUUUCUGUGAUCAUUUGUAAUUUUGUCCUUUCCCAUGACACUGACUAAGGAGGAAACCUGUUCAGCUGGUUUUGCUCCUUCUUUCCUGUUUUCUCACAGCCGUCCGUUUCUUACGUCUUAUGCUCAUUUUCUCUCAUUUCUCCUCCUUAAGCCCCAGUUCUGCAUGUAAAGACAAAAGCAUGUCGGUGUGAAUGCAGUUCUGGGAAAAUGCUAUCCACUAUAUUAAUCAAUAAACCGUAACUUAAAAAAAAAAGAAAACAGAAGCAGAUAUACUGUAUGUGCAAACUUGUAAUCUUUUCUCCUAGGCAUGUGCCAUGCCUUUAACUGGAAUUCAGACAAUAUAUAAUAGAACAGUUUAUAUUUAGAAAUGCUGGUGUUUAAGAUAAUGUAGUCAGGAACAAUUCAGAAGCAUGCGUUUGACUUAACUCUCUGUGGUGCAUUCACAAGUCCAGACAUGAGCCUGUUGCCUGUCUGUCCUGCACCCUCAUUCUUACACACCUGCCCCCCAUAGCUGAUAUACAGAGUCAAGACAAUGCUAGGACAGCUUUACUUAUCUACCAUAUGUUUUAAUCCCUUAAGUUUAUUGUUUAAGUUUCACUUUUCCCCGCAAUGUGAUGAGAAACACCCUGUAUAUUGUUUUCACCACCUUCUCGAUGUUAUCAUUAAGCUCAUGUACAGACACGUUGGGUUGAGUUCAAAGACGCCAACAUACUUGUUAUUGCCAUUGUAUCUAUUAACAUUCAGUGUCCCGGAAUAGUGCGGCUUUUACAUAUAAAUACUGACUUGUAAUAUCGAUACUUAUGCAUACGAAUAUACCAGAGCUAUAACAAAUAAGUGGCCACUUGCAGUUUUAAAAAAAAGGAAGGCACCACAACAUAAUAGCAAGUUACAUUACACAUUUGAUUUCCUUUAACCUCUGUACAGACAUAUCAGCUCAUAGUUGCAGUCAUGUCUAGAUUGACUAGUUGACUCUAUAGAACCCAAUCUAAACCUAAAUCGAAUGUUAUAUUUAAAACAGAAAUUAUUUUGUUUAUGUCUACAUACAAAUGAAAAAGCAAAAUGCAUCAAAACUCAUUUCAACUAAGAACGUUUGGCUCCUUUCACCCAGCAAGUGUUUUAUCAAUUCAUUUAAACUAAUAUAAUGUUGAAUUUGGUGCCAUGAGGUGAUGAUUGAAGCUAUGGGAAAAAAAUUAUGCCAGAUUCCUUUAUCCAACAAGCAGUAAUGUGUGUUAGAUAAAGGAAAUGUGUGGAUUCAUUCAGUACCAUGGUAUGAGCGGAUAAAUAUUCGUCUGAAGAUUGCACAAUAGUGAAUAAAUUGUGGUUUUACAAAUGUGAAAGGAGUUCCUGGAAGGGAAAAUGGUGAUGAGAAAGUUGACAAGUGAGUGCUAAAAGCAGUUUUGUAAUGCAGGGGUAACCCUAAAAACACAAAAGGCGUACAAAGCUGUUUUUCCCCCCUUCUCACACCACUUUCUGUCCUGUCUCACAGCGCCACCAGGUGGACCAGAUCAGUAUUAAAGUCUUACUGCACAGCCCGACAUUACAGCUUGGAUUUAGAACAAAAAAAGUCCUGGUUUUUAAAGUUUGAUUUCAUUACACCUCUCUGUUUGAUUGUAUCUAUUCUUCUGGAAAAUCUCAUAUUCAAAGACUUCUAUGUCAAUCAUAAAUACUCAAAAUUGUCUUGUGCUUAGUUUAACAAAAUCAUUCUAAUCAUAUUUAUUGUUUUUUUUGGUAAAUGUAUGCAUGACUUUUUUCCUUUAAAAAAUAUAUAUAUGCACAUGUAACCAGGGAUGUCUCCAUACAACAGAUUAGUAGUCGAAACAUUACUGUAACAGUUUGGAGAUUUUCCCAUUUUUUUUGUACCAGAAUGUAUUUUUUACACACAUUUUCUUUUCUUACUUUCCAACUUCCUGGGUGCUUAAUGGAGCUUGACUUUCUCCGGUACUUACCAUAAUGCAAAUUUAUUUCAAAUACAGUUUUUGUUACAAUG